CUUCACCUCUCUCACUUCCUACACUUAUAAACACAGUGUGUACUUAAGGAUUACGUAUGCGUGUGUGUGUGUGUGUGUAUGUGUAAACGUCAGCCACAGGAAGUGAGGGUCGGCAUGGGUGUCAACGCACGUGGUUCUACAUAUGUUGAUAGUGAAAGGAAUAGACUUGAGAUGUGGUUUAAAAGAGAUGACAUGAAUUUGAUUAUGGUUGGAGUAGAAGGAAGUUUGUGAUAUUCAUAGACAGAUGCGUAUUAAUGCUACAUCUAGACUAGCGAUGGUUGUUGAUAAUGUUGCUUGUACAGUACCUCUGACAUUAUUGCAUUCAGAGGGAGAAAGUCAAUCAUGGGAAGUUAAAACAAGCUAUAGUAAACACCAACAUUCUUGUUAUUGCUAUGGCUUUCUUUCAGAUUUGGAAAAUUGUUCUUAGGUUUCAACUUUGCAGUUGAACUUCGUUUUCAGAAGCCUUUCAGACAUGACUCACUAAAUGAUGACAAUGUGAAAGGUAGGACUUAAAGGGCAGGAAAGUCCAGUAACAUCUCUAAAUUCCCUAACAUUCACACGUGAAUGUUUUUUUUUUCUUUUAUUACUUUGAAGCUUUUAUCUGUACAAAAUGUUCAAUGUGAAACAUAUAGAAUUCAGUCAUCAUGAUGGGGAGACAUUGUAUCCAUCAGAAUAAAGAGGAAAACCAUCUGCUAUUUCUAUUUCUUGAAGAUUUCUGAGUGGAGUCAAAAGAUCUCAUUGUUGAAAUCCAGUAUGAACAUAACCGAGAACGAGACAUCAAUGUACUCGGACAUGAACUACUUUGAUUAUAAUGACACCUGCGAUCAGGAUCCCGGUCCAGGGUUGCCCAAUGGAUCCACGGUCUUGUCCGUUCUUUACUACAUGCUGUUUUGUCUAAGUCUGCUAGGCAACACCACCGUUCUCUGGGUUCUCCUCCGGUACAUAAAGCUGAAGACUAUGGCAGACAUAAGCCUCCUCAACCUGGCCCUGUCGGACCUCAUAAUGGCUGUAUCGCUGCCCCUCUGGGCCUACGAUUCCCAGAACCUUGCGUCAUGCAAACUGAUGACAGGAGUCUAUCAGUUGGGUUUCUACAGUGGGACGUUGUUUGUGACCCUAAUGAGUGUGGACCGCUACCUGGCCAUCGUCCACGCUGUUGCAGCCAUGCGAGCCCGGACACUUUGCUAUGGAAUCAUAGCCAGCAUCACUAUCUGGGUUAUAUCAGUCUUCAUGGCAAUCCCUGGGGUGAUCUUUGCCUCCUUGGAGAUAGAUGCAGAUGACAACAGCUACCAGUGCCAGCCACUGUAUCCAGAGGACAGGGAGCAGUUUUGGAAGAUGCUGCGAAACUUCAGCGAGAACACCGUGGGCCUUUUCGUGGGUCUCCCUAUCAUGAUUUUCUGCUAUGUGAAAAUCCUUUUUGUGCUGUCCAGGUCCAGGAACUCCAAAAAGAACAAAGCUGUAAAGCUGAUAUUCAUCAUAGUGUGUGUGUUUGUGGUGUGCUGGGUCCCCUACAAUGUCACAGUUUUCCUUCAGACACUGCAGCCGUUCGUUGACACCCUAAACACCUGCAAGGCUUCAAAAUUUAUUAACUCUGCCAUAGGCAUUGCAGAGAUCAUUGCACUGUCUCACUGCUGUGUAAAUCCACUCAUCUAUGCAUUUGCAGGGGAAAAGUUUAGGAAGAACCUGGGCUAUGUGCUGACUAAGUACUUCGGCCAGAGCAGAGGGAAUUUCAGCCACAGAGACACAGACACUUCCAACACAGCUGUAAAAUCAGAUUCUAAUCAGAUCAGAUAUUAAGAACGAAAAACACACCUUGCUACAAAGACUGCAACGUGUAUUUGUGUGUGUGUGUGUGUGUGU